AUGUCUCCCACUAUUGCUAUCAUUGGUGCUGGGCCAUGCGGCUUAACUCUGGCACGCCUUUUGGAGCGCAAAGGUGUCGACUAUGUUGUGUACGAGCGUGACGAAUCCGACGACUCCAAUCGUAGGGGAGGUAGCCUCGAUAUUCAUGCAGAGACCGGACAGCUUGCGUUGAAAGAAGCAGGUCUUUUUAAUGAAUUUAAGAAGCAUGCUAGGUACGAAGAUACGUCGUUUGCAAUUGCCAAUCAACAGGGAGAAAGGGUGUUCCAGAUUGGCCAAGCCCGCGAUGCGCCUGAAAUCGAUCGAGUCUUAUUACGCCAAAUAUUGUUAGACUCGAUACCAAAGGAAAAGGUUCGCUGGAAUCACGUUCUUAAGAGUGUCACUUUGGAGCAAGACGGCCAGCAUAUUCUCCAAUUUACAAACGGAUCUUCAGCGUCUGGAUUUAAGCUCGUUAUUGGUGCAGAUGGCGCCUGGAGCAAAGUACGGGCUUCGAUUACACCGGCAAAGCCACAAUACUCGGGCAACCAUUAUAUAGAGUCAAGGAUAAACCCCGACAGCCCUUACUACCCGACAAUGGUCUCAAAAGUAGGUGCAGGCACUUUAAUGUGCUUAGGAUCCUCGAAAGAGAUCGUCACUCAGCGUCAGGGCAACGGGUCGUAUAGAAUCUAUCUCGGCGUUACUGUACCCGAAAACUUUGUACGAGGUGGCAUUGUCGAUCUGGAAGAUACUGAAUCUACCCGGCGCUUAUUUCUUUCUUCAGAAUUCUUUGGUAAUUGGGCAGAAGAACUUAAAGACUUGAUUCGAUAUUCAGAAGAUUUCCGCAGCUGGCCCCUGUAUUACAUGGCUCCAGAAGCAGUGAGCUGGAAUUCAGUUCCUGGUCUGACUUUGGUCGGAGAUGCUGCUCAUGUCGCAACUCCGAAUGGCGAAGGUGUUAAUUGUGCCAUGGCAGAUGCACUCUCACUGGCCUCAAAAAUUGCAACGUAUGGCACAGAUGCCUUGGAUCGCGCCGUCGUGGAAUAUGAAGAAGAUAUGUUCCGUCGCGGAGUCGAGCAUAUAAAGAGUGGCUCAACCUUCCUAACUUGA